AUGGCCACCAGCCAAAUCCAAUUAAAAUAUCGCUUGACUUCUACUCAAGAUUGUACAACACCCACUACUCGGCCCAAGCCAGCCUCUACAACCGCUAAAAGUCGUCUUACAACACCUACCAUCCCGUCUGUCUCCACUAAACGUCGACUCUCCACAUUAGCUAGACAAACACUUACCCCUCUUCCCUCAUCUGUUAGUCUUCGACCCAAGUUAACAGCUACAACCCGACUCACCCGUUCCAUCACCAAAGCCAUGGUCGAGAACACCCUACCUCCUGCUGCCAACGCUAUUCCUCCUGUAGCCGUGUCCAACGUAGCUUCAACCACGACGACCCCCACUAAACCUUUCCCUCUUUCACUGAGUGACCUCAACAUUCACUCCGUGCCCAAUCUCCCUGACUACCUCAAGGACAUUUACGCCCGACUCGAUAGUCAAGCAUCCCAAAUCUCUGAGAUGCAAGCUCUUAUCCAGGAGAACCUUCGUUCGUCCUUGGAUCAAACCAAAAAACAAUUAGAGGAUGCCCAGCAACGGAUUCGCCAACUUGAAUCACAGCAAGCUCCGCAGUCCUUCCUUGCUCCUGAAUCGACUGCUGCCUCACCUUCUCCAAUUACUAUGGCCCAACCUUCUUUUGCCGACGUCGCCAAGAAACAAGCGGACCCUUCUGCCGUCAAACGUCCCAAAGCUAAAACCAUACCUCGAAAGAGGCUUCAACCUCUCAACCUUAAUGUUACCGAUGCCAGUCUUGCUGCUGCUCGUCAAUUUUUGGUCGUGUCACCCAACCAUGGUUACUGA